UGCCACCCAACUUGCGUCACCUGGACUUGCCUGAAGGAGCUCCUUCCACCAAUGUCUUCAUUUCUCCAUCGUAUGUUCCUCGCUCGCCUGCUGUGGGCCGCGGCGGCGUGCGCGGUCGGCGCGGCCGGCACGUUUGACCCGUACGUGGCCGGCCGGCACAACGUCAGUCACACGUGGGUGGACCCGCUGCUAAGGCCCGACUUGCCGAUGUCACUCAGCGUGUCAGCACCAACAUCAGAGCAGAUCUUCCCGGUCGUCGUCUUCAUCUCUGGUCUAGAAGGCAUGACACCAGCGGCGGCGCAGAGCCGCCUGUUGCAGCGCAUAGCCUCCCACGGUCUGGUCGUGGUCACCGCCUGGUCCCUCACGGAGAGCGGUGGCCCAGCUCAGCGCGCCGUCAAGCUGGAGCAGGUCAUGGACUGGAUGCACAGCCGCCUGCCAGACUACCUACACCAUCAUCACUUCCCUGGCUUAAAGGUCGACUUCAAUCGCACCACGAUGCUGGCCCACUCGGCCGGUGCCCACGUCGUCGUCAGCUACCUGGAGCGGCAGUGCGACGCGGACACCAACGUCAAGGGCCUGGCGCUCAUGAGCCCUGUGGACGGGGUCGACCCGUUCGGCUUCAUCAAGGAAUACUGCAUCACGCCUGGUCAGAAGGUCAACUUUACCUUACCCACGCUGGUGCUGACAGCCGGGCUCGACACUGAACAUGGGUUUCCCAUGUUUCCACCCUGUGCUCCGACCAAGUUAAGCAACGGCCGUUUUUACGACGCGUUCAGCUCACCCCGCUGGCAGAUCAACGCCACUCAGUUUGGCCAUGUAGACUUCUUCCAGGACGCCUUCUGGAUGAUCGUCAAGGAUACGAAGUUCUGCGCCGUUUGCGCGGCCGACGACUGCGACGACAGACCUCUGUACCAAGACUACAUGGCGGGGCAGAUCGUCUCCUUUGCAUUGGCCACCACCGACCCUGACAGCUACUGCGACCAGCUCAUGUACCUGGAGGAUUUCUCACUGCACCCGGUCGCCACGGUGGGCAGGAACGACCGGGCUGCGGACGUUUGCAGAGGAUUCCUGGCCGGUUGCGCGCGCCCCUAGCGCGCCAUUAUUCGCUCCAGUGCGUCCGUAGUGCACUCCUUUGAGGGUCACUAGAGCGCCCAUAACGCACCCUUAGCACACCUCGCAUUUCCAUAAGAAUGUCCCAAGUAUGUCCCAAGAAGCGUUACUCGCGCCUCAGGUGUACCGCAGUGUGCCUCCAGCGCGCCCCAGAUGUACCGCAGGGUGCCUCCAGCGCGCCCCAGAUGUACCGCAGUGUGCCUCCAGCGCGCCCCAGAUGUACCGCAGGGUGCCUCCAGCGCGCCCCAGGUGUACCGCAGUGUGCCUCCAGCGCGCCCCAGAUGUACCGCAGUGUGCCUCCAGCGCGCCCCAGGCGCACCGCAGUGUGCCUCCAUCGCGCCCCAGAUGUACCGCAGUGUGCUUCCAGCACGCCCUCAGCGUUUCCACCUAGUGCCCACUUGCACCACUAAUCGGCCCCUUCUGAGCUGCUGGCAUGACUCGAGCGCUCAGUCGGGCGCGCUGUGGGCAGCUGCUUUCCAUAAUGGCUGUUGGACUGUGCGAACCUGCACGGACGGUCCGUUGCUGUUGUAAGCAGUCAGUGGAAGCUGGCAGUAGACGCAGCGGUCGCUGGGCCCAACAAAUGUUUCCCGCGAGGGACAUAACCGCCCCGCGAGGAUUACAAAUCCCCGCCAGGGACGACGGUGCCCCGGCCGAACGUUGCCGCUGGGAACGUGUCGAGUUGUUGGAUACCUCGCGAGUGCGGUGGUUGUGAGGUCAAAUUGGCGGUAGCUGCGUGUUUUGUUCGCGCCUGGGAGGAGGUUAUUUCAAGACGGAGGGUUAUUUCAAUCGUUGAGUGAACUGCAGGUGGCUGCGGAAAGACGGUGGCUGGCAUCUCCUAAGGCAUUGAUGGUGUGGUCGUCUUCCCAUGAUGAAUUGAUGGUGCGGUCGUCUU